AUGUCGAGGAUGGAGCCGCCUCAGCAGACGAGUUUGGCGCAUGAAACGGAGCUGAUGGAGCGGAGAAUGCUGGAGGAAAUCAAAAGGCGCCGUGACGCUGGCCAAGACUCUUGGGCUCUGGAGGACUUUGAAAUAGGCUGUCCCCUGGGCCGAGGGAAGUUUGGCAGGGUGUACCUCGCCCGAGAGAAGAUUACAAAGUACCCUGUGGCUCUGAAAUUGUUGGUCAAGAACGAACUUGUCAAGCACGAAAUGGAGGAGCAGCUGACCCGAGAGAUCGAAAUACAGUCCCACCUCAAGCAUGAGAACAUCCUGCAGUUGCUGACGUACUUCGUUGACGAAAAAAGGGUCUUCUUGGUCCUCGAGUACGCCUCCAAGGGCGAGUUGUUCCGCGAACUGAACGCGCAGAAGCACCGCCGCUUCGAGGAGCCCAAGUGCGCAAAGUACAUUUACCAGGUGGCCAGCGCCCUGCAGGCGUGCCACGACUGCCAGGUGAUCCACAGAGACAUCAAGCCCGAGAACAUUCUCAUCUCUGCCAGGGGGGACAUCAAAAUUGCAGACUUCGGGUGGUCCGUACACAACUCGUCCCAGACCAAAAGAAGGAAGACCAUUUGUGGAACGGAGCACUACCUGGCGCCCGAGAUGGUGAAGAACAUGGAGCACACGCACCUGGUGGACAACUGGUGCGUCGGCAUCCUCUGCUACGAGCUGCUGGUGGGCAGGACGCCCUUCGAGAGCAAGUCCAGCCCGGAGGCCUUCCGACGCAUCUGCAAGGCCCACAUUGACUUCCCGCCCUACAUCGGCACCCUCGCCAGAGACCUCAUUACCAAGUUGCUGCAGGUGAAGCCUGAGGACCGCCUGUGCCUGAAGGAGGUCAUGAUGCACCCUUUCAUCGUCAAGCACUGGCCUCUGAAGAGCGUUGAUGAUGCCCCAAAGCCCGCAAAAUGAAUUUGAAGACUUGUCAAUCUCCUUAUCUUUAUUUUAAUCUGUAAAUAUUGUGGUUUUAAUCAGGGUUGCAUUUGCUUUCCAUCCGGUUUUUCUUCACCACUUAAUUCCGUUCUGUGAUAAUCUUGAAUUUGUGGUUCGAGUGGCCAAAAUUUUAACUCAAAAUUGAUCAUUUACUGCCUCAAUUUCUCUGUAAAUUUUUUAAGUCAAGGUCAUGACUAAAAAAACGCGGUUUA